AAAAAAUUUGAAAUAAUUGUUUUGAUCGAAGCGAACUGAGUGUUUCUACCAUUUCAUUUACUAUAGCAAUUUUGUUACUCGUGUAUUAUGCCUAAUAUGAUCAAUACAAAUUAUAUGAACGAUUACAUGAAUCAUCGUGAUGUGAAUCAUAUUCAUUACAAUGGAAAUCAUCAUCAACCGAAUGGUUAUGGGAAUAAAUCCAAUCAUACUACUAAUAAUAAUAACACAGCAGGACGUUAUACCAUUGUGUCGAAGUCAACUACAGUUAGAAAUGGUACAAGUAAAGGUUCAUAUCAUCCAGCUAGUCAUUUAUGUCAACUUGAUACAACGAAACGUUCACAUUCACAACAAAGUAUCGGAACAAAUGCUUCCAAUGGAUCGAUCAAUAGCUAUGGUGAUACAAAUAAUUCAUCAAAGAAUUCUUACACUGGUAUCAAUCAAUUAUUAUCACCAUCUAAUGAAAAAUUAAAUGGUAUUCAUGCAAAUUUAAAUAAAUAUCCAGAUAUACAACAUUCAAAAUCUCAUUCAAUUUCAUCAACCUUAUUAUUACGUGAUGCAAAUUUAUUAAAACCAACAAGUGUAUAUCGUGAACAUAGUAGUCGUUCAAUUGGUGGUAGUUUAUCUUGUGGUCAACCAAGUCCAACAUCAACUGUUGACGAUUCGAAUGUGACAGUAUUUUCACCAAUCAAUACGCAUACACUUGAUACAGAAACUAAUAAUAAUCAUAAUAAUAAUAAUCGUACUAUUUGGUUAUAUCAAUCGGAAUUGAAUUUACCAACUAACAGUGAGGAUAAUACAUUGGAUUCAAUCAUCGCACCAUAUAAACGUUCAGAAAGUCAACAAAUAAUUAUUCAGCCAGAAUUUGAUCAAAAACAUCGUAAUCAUAUAUCUUCUAAUAAUCUUGCAUAUAAUCCAUACACUGCUACGAAAUAUAAUUCAGUCAGUUCAGCCAUGUUAUACACUGGGAAUAAUAAUAGUAAUACCAAUCAACGUAAUGCAAUAAAUGAGGACUAUAUGAAUAAUUAUAGUUCAGGUCCAAGUUUUCGUAAAAUUCAAACACUUCAUGGUGGAAAUACAACACAGAAACGUUUUCCAUCUGAUACUACACUGAAUACAACAACAAGAGAUGGAGUUCAAAUAUAUACAUCAGGUAGUCGACCUGGUCCAGUGACAAUACCUGCUCGUAGUAGAAGUGCACAACCCAGUCCAGGUCCAAGUCCAACAAUCAGUCCAGUGACAUGUUUUCGUGCUUCUGAAAAUAAUCUGAUACAAGGAACUGGAGGAGAAAAGAAUUCAUAUGUGGCGAAAUCUCAAAAAAUCAAUUUAAAUGUUACAAACACACAACGACGUGGUUCUUCACCGUCUAGAGUGGAACAUAACAAUAUAAAUUCAUUUUCUACUAAUGGCCAAGAGGAUGACAAUGAAUCUCAUAUUCUACCAUCCGUAAGAGAAAUUAUCCGUCAAGUUGAAGCAAUGACACAAUCGAAUGCCGCCACAUCAACUACCGAUAUAUUUACUCUUGGUCUUAACAAUGGUACCACAACUGGGAAUAAUUCUAUUCAUCAAAAAGAAAAUGGUCCACAAUGUCAGUCAUCAAAACAACGUAAAGUGAAUGCCACUAAUGAUAGUCAGUUUGCUCGAAGUGGUGGUGGCGGUGGUGGUAUCCUUCGUCAGUAUGGUAGUAGUCAACGUACACCAAGUGCACCACAACUUAGAACAGCUAACUAUGGUAAUAAUUCACAAAAAUACACACCGAUUCAAGCAAAAUUCAAUGCAGCUGUUGCAUCGAAUCCACCGAAAACCACAGCACCUCCAGUUCCACCGCAUGGAAUUGCACGGAAUAAACCAAUUAUUGGAUCAUUCACUAGAAGAAUUGAACCAUUAUCAAAUGAUUCAAAUGCUUUGCAUAAACAAACAGAUUUGGGAAAUACAACAACUGCACCGAAAAAAUCAGAACUAUUAAGUCAUUUACCAACAGAUUAUCAAAAGUUACGUGAAGCAUUCAUUGAACAACGAAGAGAAAUUCAACGUCUACGUAAACAAUUAGCUGAAAAAGAUAUACAAAUUGCACAAUUAGAAAGUGAUAUACGUUUGUAUGAACCAUGGCGUUAAAUCAUAAUUUUUUUUAACAGUUCUUUGUUUAAAUAAAAGAAAAGACAAAAUGGCGAAUAACUAGUCACUUUCCAUGCUCUUUACAUUUCAAUUCUUCUUGUUGGUAUUAUUUACUUUUUAAAAUACAAAUUCUUGCUGACAUACACGAAAACAAAAUUGAUUUUUUUUCUUGGAAAACCAACACAGAAUCUAAUAAACAUAUAUGGUUUACUAUUAUUAUUAUAUGUAACAUUACUUAAUAAUCACUUAGGCAUUAUAUACUACUAAUAACACUACUAACAAUUAUGCAACAAAUUUUGAAUCAACAUGGGUUUUGUUUCUGUUUUGUUUUGCUAACUUUAAAUCCGUUUAAGAAAAUUCUCUUUACAUGUGUUAAUUUAGUUCAUGCAAUUCUGACUAACAUUUAUUUAUUAGUUUGAAGCUAAUUCAAAACAAGGAAAUGAAGUGACUUUUUUUUCUAUUAUAAUGGAUAUAUGUUGAAUUGUCACAUUUUGUAUCUGUUUACUGAUUUCCGUCGAUCGAUAAAUCUUGUUACAUACACUGUACGUAUAUGCUGUUGUAUACUUUCAUUUGUUUUCCAAUGAUUAUUUUUUGGUUGUCAAUUUUUCGCUCUCUCUCUCUCUCUGUCAGUCUGUCUAUUUCUAUUUCACUAUAAUUUAUGUGCCAUUUUACUAAAAACAAAAUUAUUAUUAUUAUAAUCAGAAAAGCAGUAAACAGAUAAGUAUGCCUGAAUUUGUUAAUUCAU